ACAUCUCAGAGGCAGAGCCACCAUAGUAGUUUUAUGCAACUGGGAUGUGGAGAGUAGCUAUAAUAGUUUUGAACAAUUUACGCAGUUGUACUUAGAAAAGCUGUGACUGCGUUGCAAAUCUCUGUAGUUCACAUCUAUCUGCAUGUUGAGCUAAGCAGUCCAGAGGAUGAUUGGUUCUAGACGACGAGAUAACAAAGGGUGCGCGACAAUUAUAUUUUGAAUUCUUAGCCAAGAAGACUAGUGAAAAAUUACAACUGCAAAAAAGCAUAGGUAUACUCUGCUCGUAGUAGCUGUUGGCCGAUAAGCUUACUACGAUGUUCUAUGUCGCUAUCAAAUCAUGGAUACAAACUCACUUGGCUCGUUGCCUCCGUGUGUUGGGCUAUAUCAUCACAUUUGUAUUGGCUACGAAAGUACAUUUCUACUUUUCGAAUUUGUUGGGUAGGUCUGAUGACUAUGUAGAAAGGUGGGAUGGGUACGCCAUAGCUGCUCAGCCCUAUAGACUUAAUUUACUGAUCUACAUUGGAUCUGUAGUGUUUCUCACGCUGGUGAUGGCCACUUUUAUAAGUAUCGUGAUAGUGAAACACUGGAAAGAACCAGCGUACCGGGCACUAGUGCCGUCCUUUCUGCUUCACCUUGGGAUUAUUAACUUCGCAAUGCCACUGGUCGAGCUAUGCUUACAACUUAAG